AAAGCAUUUGAAAAGAAAAAGAAAAAAAAAACGAUCGAACAGAUCAAAUCCUAGAGAGCAAAAACUGUUUUCAAUUUGAAAUCUUUCUGUUAAAGAUGGCAAUGGCAGCAACAGUUUCUUCUUCAUCUUCUUCUGGGAUCACGAGCUUCUCACGAAUUUCUUCAGAGCCCAAAGUGUCGCAAAUCGGUUCAUUGAGGUUAUUGGAUCGUGUUAAUGUCACUCCGAUGUCUCUGAAUCUAUCUGGGAAGCGAUCUUCUGUGAAACCUUUAAACGCAGAGCCAAAGACAAAAGACUCUAUGAUUCCUCUUGCAGCAACAAUGGUAGCAGAAACUGCAGAGGAAGUAGAAGUAGUAGAGAUUGAGGAUUUCGAAGAACUUGCAAAGAAGCUAGAGAAUGCUUCACCUCUUGAGAUUAUGGAUAAAGCCCUUGAGAAAUUCGGGAACGAUAUCGCCAUCGCAUUUAGUGGUGCAGAAGAUGUUGCUCUGAUUGAGUAUGCGCAUUUAACUGGGAGACCAUUCAGAGUAUUUAGCUUGGAUACAGGGAGAUUAAACCCUGAGACAUAUAGGUUUUUCGAUGCGGUAGAGAAACACUAUGGGAUUAGAAUUGAGUAUAUGUUUCCUGAUUCUGUUGAGGUUCAAGGCUUAGUUAGGAACAAGGGAUUGUUCUCUUUCUACGAGGAUGGUCACCAAGAGUGUUGCCGUGUACGAAAGGUGAGACCUUUGAGGCGUGCGCUCAAGGGUUUAAGAGCUUGGAUCACUGGUCAGAGGAAAGAUCAAUCUCCUGGAACAAGGUCUGAGAUUCCAAUUGUUCAGGUUGAUCCGGUUUUCGAAGGCUUGGAUGGUGGAGCUGGUAGUUUAGUGAAGUGGAAUCCGGUUGCUAAUGUUGAAGGCAAUGAUGUUUGGAACUUCUUGAUGACCAUGGAUGUUCCGGUCAACACAUUGCACGCGGCAGGGUAUGUUUCGAUCGGUUGUGAGCCGUGCACGAGAGCGGUUUUACCGGGACAGCACGAGAGAGAAGGGAGAUGGUGGUGGGAAGAUGCAAAGGCUAAGGAGUGUGGACUUCACAAAGGGAAUAUCAAGGAUGAAGCUAAAGGGAAUGUUGUAAAUGGAGAAUCGAAAUCUGCUGUUGUUGAGGAUAUUUUCAAGAGUGAGAGUCUUGUGACUUUGAGCAGGCAAGGGAUUGAGAAUCUGAUGAAGUUGGAGAACAGAAAAGAGCCUUGGAUCGUUGUGCUUUAUGCUCCGUGGUGUCCCUUUUGUCAAGCCAUGGAAGCAUCGUACGAUGAAUUGGCGGAUAAAUUGGCGGGAAGUGGGGUUAAGGUUGCGAAAUUCAGAGCAGAUGGUGACCAGAAGGAGUUUGCUAAGCAGGAAUUGCAGCUCGGUAGCUUCCCGACCAUACUCGUCUUCCCCAAGAACUCUUCAAGACCGAUCAAGUAUCCGUCUGAGAAGAGAGACGUUGAUUCUUUGGCUUCGUUCUUGAAUCUUGUCCGGUAAAUAAACCGCGAAACCUGUCGACAUUUCCUCAUGAGAAAGAGAGAUCAAAUAAGAACCAUUUCAUCUCGUUCCAGAUUGCUAGAACAGAUAGAAAUUGGUGAAGUUGGUAUUGGAGAAUCAUUUCACAGCUUUAGGUCAUAGAGUUGGAGAUAAGCUCUGCAACAAAGCUUGAGUAUUUGCAGUAUUGUAAUAUUCUUAAAGUUGCAAAAAAAAAAAAAAGUUCAUGUAACUUUAUGGUUAUUAGUGAAAGAAAGCUCCUGUUUCUUCUUUGCAAUCUUAUCAAAACAGAUGAAGUUUUGAUUUUUACA